ACGUGUCCUUUUGCAGGGCUUGCUGGGAAGAAGAGGAAGAAGAAGCCAGUCGACGUCGGGCCGUCGGACGCGUGAGCUAAGGUGGAACAUAGCCACAGAAAGCACGGCGCCCAUCCCGUCCGGACCGCAGACGUUUCUGUUCCAGUUGGAGCUCGAGGAAAGGGGGGAGAAAAAAAAGACCCGCCUCCGCCGGCAGCCAUGAUGGACGAGGAGAUAGUGGAGGACCGCGCCAAGCUGAAGCAGGGCAUGGUGAAGGUCCUGCAGUGCGUGGCCACCAUCUCGUCGGCGGCGGCCGUGGUCAACCCCAUCUUCGGUGUGGCGGGCUCCCUGAUCCGCGUGGUUUUGCACCACAUCGACGACGAGGACAUCCGCACGCUCAAGCGCGAGUUCGGCUCCGUCAACCGGGCCCUGGACGAGCUCUCGAACAAGAACCGUCAGGCCCUGGUGGCCAUCCAGAAGGAGACUCUGGACAGCCAGUACGCCUCGGUGGAGGAGAACCUCAAGAAUCAGUUCCGAAAGUUCAUGGAGCUGGUGGAGGUGAAGCCGGAGCACAGCGAACGCAAGAAGGAAGACUUCAUCCAGAGCUAUGCCAACGACCUGGGAGACCAGAACCUACACACGCUCUACGACGGCGUGGUGGGAAAACCAAAACUCUUCAGCCGGCCCGUCCUGGAGGUGUACCUGAAGCACUCGGGGGGCGAGCGUCGGGCGAUGGAGCGUCUGUGCACGCGCCUCACCUACUUGUUCUGCAUCGGCCUGAUCGCCCUGAUGGGCUACGCCGCCGUCAUCGGCGACGACGACGCCGGCCUGAGCGAGGAGUGGGCCGAGAAGAUGGAGAACGUGCAGGACAAGAUGCAGCAGGCGCUACGCAUGUGCCGUCAUUAGCUUCACAGACGCGCGUCGUACAUACAUUGAGGACCAGUUAGCAUUUACGUUAUCAGAAGUUUGGAAUAUUGCUUGUGUCCCUAAAUUGGUUAGUUCACUUUUUUUAUUUGUAUGUCUCAUUCAAUAGUUCAUUGAUUUAUUGUCAGUAAUGAAAGAUUAGUCAAAUACGAUGGAACCCCGCAAAUUUGCAAUGCGGCAUUCACCUAUUUGGGGGGUGGGGGGGCGCUACGUAUCUCUUAUUUCUCAGGGAAAUUCCCACUAAAUCUUUUUUCCCCAGAUUUGUUUUCUAUUUACAAGGGAUCGUCAAUUAUUCCCACAUGUUCGCUGUCUGUCGGGUUCGCUUCACAAACUGUGCGGGUCCACUGCAAAUGCAGGUUUGAUUUGCUUAAUUGGCCAAGGAAUUGGAAAGAAACUCCGUUUCUUUAAAUAAGUCGUCAAAUCGGGACCUGAUUCUUGAAUACAAACAAAUCAGCAGUUCUCAAAUUUAGUGUGACAUCAAUAAAGAUCAGUUUAAAAAUAAUUUGAAAAACAUUGUUUUGCAAAAAAAAAAAAAAAAAGUUGACAUUCUCACUACAAAAAAAUUCUCAUACUGCAUUUUUUUUCUCAUAAAAAAAUAACUUAAAUGCCAUUUGUUUUGAAAAAUUCGGAUGUCUCCAUUUGAUGAUGCUAUAAAAAAUAUAUAUCUAAUAAAAACAUACUAAUGUCAAGAAAACACUUGGAAAACUGAAACGUUAGAAAAAAAUUCAACUGGUUUCAUAAAAAUAAAAUUCCCUGAUUGCAAACUAAAUUGGCACUUUAUAGUAUGAAAUUGAAUUAACCAAAUAAUUCUAAUUUAGCAACUUUCAGAAAAAGUGCCAAUUGUGGAUUCAGACAAAUUUACAGGAAAGCUGUGAGAAGAUUUUUUCCUCUUAAAUAGAUUCCAACAUUAUCCUAAAAUUUAUAGUACCAAUUGCAACUUUCUUUUCCAUUUUUUUCCUCGUAAUCUUGCCUUCUCUCAUGUCCAUUUUUUUUUUAUGAACUCGUCCUUUUGUAAAAUGAUAUUCUCAUACAAUUUACAUUUCUUUUGUCUUUAUGGCAACGUUUGGCGAAAAUUGCGACUUGCAAAGUGAGUGCUUUGUUUUGGUUGACUCGUAGAGUUUCAAAUUGUUUUUAUUUAUUUUUUUUGUCUUUGCAAAUUGCAGCCAGUUCCUCCAUAAAAGCUUCACAACCUUUUCCUGGUUACUGUACGCCUAUUUCUUUCUUUCUGGUCAUUUGCAUAUUUUCAGCGUGGCCUUGAUACUCCUUGUUGGCAGUUGUUACAUAUAUAUAUAUAUUUUUUUUUAUGGGGGGGCAGUGAGGAUAAGCGGUACGGGAAAUGGAUGCAUUUUUAUUUUGUUUUGUGAACUUGGCGCGUCCACUGAAUGUUGCUCAUCCGAAUCCCGAAAGGCUGCUUGAAAGUUCCCAAAAUGUUUUCAUUUGAGAAACACUUUCUUUUCUAUUGUAUUGGACCAUGUAUGUUGCUUGUUUAGUUGUGCGUGUUUUUAAGCACCACCACCAAUAAAUAAAUCAUACGUGA